AUUCUCACCUUCACCAAUCGCGACAGCCAAAUUAUGCACCUGUGUCAUUAAUGGUUGUCCAGUGAACCAAUCAGCUUGACCCAAUAAGGCAAAGUAACCAUCGAGCAGCCGAAAUUCGAGAGCAUGGAUACGAAGAAAAAGAAGAGGAAGGUCUUGCUCAUGGGGAAGAGCGGAUCGGGCAAAUCCUCUAUGCGCUCGAUCAUAUUUAGCAAUUAUGUGGCCAAGGAUGUGAGGCGACUCGGCGCGACGAUUGAUGUCGAGCAUAGCCAUGUGAAGUUCAUCGGGAAUCUGACGUUGAACCUUUGGGAUUGCGGAGGUCAAGAUGCAUUUAUGGAGAGCUAUGUCGCAAGCCAACGGCAGAAUAUCUUCUCUGACGUUGCCGUCCUCGUCUACGUUUUUGACAUCGAAUCUCGCGAAGUCGAGCGCGACCUGGACACAUACAACGCUAUCAUCUGCGCGCUGCAGGAACAGAGCCCUAAUGCCUUCGUCUUCUGUUUGAUCCACAAGCUGGACCUGAUCCAAGCCGAGCACCGGCAGCGAAUCUGCGAAGAGCGCUCGGCACUGAUCCGCUCGCGCUCCGAGUCGUUCCAGAUCGACACGUUCGGCAGCAGCAUCUGGGACCAAUCGCUCUACAAGGCGUGGGCGGGCAUCGUGCACAAGCUGAUACCCAACCUGUCCUUCAUCGAACGCUUCCUGCACGCGUUUGCGGAAAAGAUCGAUGCGGAAGAGGUGGUUCUAUUCGAACGCUCGACUUUUCUCACAAUCACAUCCGUCAAGUCGGAUGUGGGGAACAUCAACCCGAUCUUCGAUCGCCAUGAACGAUUAUCAAACAUCAUGAAGGCCUUCAAGCACUGCGCGGCAAGGAAUACGCACACCACGCCCGGUUCCGCUAACCUGGUUGUCAUGCACACCAAGACUCCCCAGUUUAACGUGUUCCUGGGCAGGUUCACGGAUAAUACCUACAUCUUCGUUGUCACCCCGCCCGGUGAGGCUGCGUACAAUUGUGCGGUGCUGAAUACAAUGCUGGCGCGGGAAGGUUUUGCGAAAGCCGCGGCGCAAGGACAGGAUGCAUUCGCGUUGGCAUACGGCGACCCAACCGGCGAAGGCGCUCAGGAUGGGUCUGUUGCUGGGCCGGCCUAAGGCACACGACGGUUAAAUUGCUUGCAUGAUGGUUCUCUUAGCAAUGGCGUUUUAUGUGGCAAUGGUGGUCUGGCAUGAAUAGAUAUCCCAUACCCAGUUCUAAGUUUGCUUCCUUUUUUUUAAGUUUGCUUCCUUUUUUUUUUUUUUGCCCCCUUCUUCUUCCCUCUCUCUCUCUCUCUCUCGCGGUUACGCAUUCAUGGUAGGUUUUACAGGUGUGAAAUAGGGGCGGUGGAUCCUCGGCGAGGGCGGGAGGAGUCUUCUCAUUCGUGCUUGCGACUUGAAGCCUUUUUGCUAUCUGAUGAAACAUACAUCGCAAGCUAUCCAUAAUGGUCUAUGUAACUUUAUCAGACACCCUUUUUUCUUUCUCCUUGUUGUCUAGACCAGCGCUGGAUCUUGCAACCAGCGCCCUCUUCCACAAACCAAGGCUUGGACUGUUCGCAUGAGGCAAAGAAGCUCGGUUUGCACAAGU